ACGAGGCUACCAAUGGCAACGACGCCACAAGGAAUUUGUACCUCAUGUACUCGCGCGCGCUUAGUAUAAGUUACACGGCAGUCCAGUCCAAGCAAGCAAGCUAGCAAGAAAUGGCCGGCCCUCACAGCGGCCGCCGGUCACCGGCCCUGCCGUGAACGGUGCGCGCCAAGUUGGCUGCUCUCGCGGUCACGCAACGCCAGGACGGCAGCCUCCGGCGCCUCCUCUUUUCGCUCGUCGACCUGCACGCCGCCGCCGAUCCCAGGCCGGACGCCUCGGGCGUCCGCUCCGCCGACGUCACCAUCGACGCCUCCCAAGGCCUCCGGGUUCGCGUGUUCUCCCCGUCGGUGGCAGGAGGCGCCCCGCUUCCCGUCGUCGUCUAAUUCCGCGGCGGUUUCGUGGCUCUCUCCGCGGCGUCCCGCCCCUACGAAGCUCUCUGCCGCAGGUUCUGCCGCGAGCUCGGCGCCGUCGUCGUGUCCGUGGACUACCGCCUCGCUCAACAGCACCGCUUCCCCGCCCCCUACGACGAUGGCGUAGCCGCGCUCCGCUACCUCGACGCCAACGCCCUGCCGAGCGACCUUGUCCCUGCCCCCGUCGACCUCUCCAUUUCCUUCCUCGCCGGCGACAGCGCGGGGGGCAACAUCGCGCAUCACGUGGCCCAGCGCUGGACAUCCAUGUCGACGACUUCGUCGCCUCCUGUAAGCCUCCGCCUCUCCGGCGUCCUCCUGAUACAGCCGUUCUUCGGUGGGGAGGAGCGGACGAGGGCCGAGGUGGCGCUUGACAAGGCGUGCCGCUCUCUGUCCAUGGCAGUGACGGAUUACUACUGGAGGGAGUUCUUGCCGGAGGGCGCCACCCCGGACCACGCGGCGGCGCGUGUGCGCGGCGAGCAUGUCGAGCUGGCGGAGGCGUUCCCGCCGUCGAUGGUUGUGGUCGGCGGGUUCGACCUGCUCAAGGACUGCCAGGCGAGGUACGUGGAGGCGACGCGCGGGAAGGGGAAGCUGGUGAAGGUGGUCGAGUACCCGUACGCCAUCCACGCCUUCCACUUGUUCGCGUAUAUCGCGGACUCCCGCAAGCUCGUGGAGAUGAGGCUGUUCGUCGAAGAACAUAGCUCUAAGCGUGUGGUUUAGCUGGCCCCCGUUUGUUAGUGUUUCCGUGCACAAAGAUCAUAUUCGUAUCAAAUAGCCCGGAUUAUCAUGUAUUCCGCCAGUAAGAAUCUCAAACUCUACUAAUACCCCAGCUGCUAAUUAGUGUGCUUAACACCAGACCAUAUCCUUUAUUAUUCUUCGAAUAACUAA